GAAAAUUUCGUUGGGGCUAGCUUAGCUCCUCCGAUCCGAUCCUGUAUUUACGAAUCAAAGACCGUUAAACAGUUGCACAUACGAAUAAUGUAAACCACAUAUGCCCAUUCUUCCUCUCCUUAAAUUUUCUCCUUCACAUUAUAAUAUUCUUGCAUGCAUGCAAUUAAGCAAUUCUGAUCUCUAUACUACACACCGUACGAGCUGCAAAUUAAAACAUUAAACAUGGACGACGUUUCAGUAGGAAACUUUGAGGGAUCCCAGCCGAACAACGGAGACGUGGUUUGCCCCAACGGCGGUGUUUCCGCGGUGGGAGACUCCCAUUCUCCGUCCACCAUCGCUCCGCCGGAUGCCACCCUGGGCCGCCACAUUGCCCGUCGGCUGGUGGAGAUAGGCGUGAGAGACGUGUUCACGGUGCCGGGUGACUUCAACCUGACGCUGCUGGACCACCUGAUUGCCGAGCCGAGUCUUAACAACAUUGGGUGCUGCAACGAGCUGAAUGCGGGGUACGCCGCCGACGGCUAUGCCAGGCAGCGUGGAGUCGGCGCUUGCGUCGUCACCUUCACGGUUGGCGGCCUUAGCGUGAUUAACGCCAUUGCCGGUGCUUAUAGCGAGAACCUUCCCGUCAUUUGUUUGGUGGGUGGGCCCAAUACUAACGAUUAUGGAACUAAUAGGAUUUUGCAUCACACCAUUGGAUUGCCUGAUUUUAGCCAAGAGUUCAGGUGCUUCCAGACUGUUACUUGCUAUCAGGCUUUGAUCAAUAACUUGGAUGAUGCGCAUGAACAAAUUGAUACAGCAAUCUCCACAGCUCUCAAAGAAAGCAAACCUGUGUAUGUGAGUAUAAGUUGCAACCUUGCUGGCAUUCCUCAUCCAGCUUUCAGCAGGGAGCCCAUUCCAUUUUCCAUUUCACCCAGAUUGAGCAAUAAGUUGGGGACAGAGGCGGCUGUGGAGGCGGCAGCCACGUUCCUGAACAAGGCGGUGAAGCCAGUGAUGGUGGGAGGGCCAAAGCUGAGAGCUGCCAAGGCAUGCGAGGCUUUCGUCGAGCUGGCUGAUGCUAGUGGGUAUGCUAUAGCAGUGAUGCCUUCAGGCAAAGGGCUAGUCCCAGAAGAGCACCCUCGUUUCAUCGGCACAUACUGGGGUGCAGUGAGCACUGCCUUCUGUGGAGAAAUUGUCGAAUCUGCAGACGCUUAUUUGUUUGCCGGACCAAUCUUUAAUGACUACAGCUCUGUUGGUUACUCCCUCCUCCUCAAGAAGGAGAAGGCCAUCAUCGUGCAGCCUGACAGAGUUGUGAUUGGGAACGGUCACGCUUUCGGGUGCGUGCUCAUGAAAGAUUUCCUCAGGGAGCUAGCAAAAAAGAUUAAGAAAAACACCACUGCUCAUGAGAACUAUUCCCGUAUCUAUAUUUCUCAAGGCUGUCCUCUCAAAUCCUUGCUCACUGACCCUCUUAGGGUCAAUAUCAUGUUCCAGCACAUCCAGAAGAUGCUUUCCGCUGAUACUGCAGUCAUUGCUGAGACUGGAGAUUCCUGGUUCAAUUGUCAGAAGCUGAGGUUACCAACAGGAUGUGGGUAUGUGUUUGAUCAUCAUAUAAUAAAUAUAAAUAUCAAUGCAUACUCUAACGAAUACAUUUUGUACCUUAAAAAUGGGCUUUGCAGGUAUGAGUUUCAGAUGCAGUAUGGUUCAAUUGGAUGGUCAGUUGGUGCCACUUUGGGAUAUGCACAAUCUGUGCCCAGCAAAAGGGUGAUUGCAUGUAUAGGCGAUGGCAGCUUUCAGGUUACGGCUCAAGAUAUUUCGACGAUGUUGCGGUGCAACCAGAAGUCCAUCAUAUUCUUGAUCAACAAUGGAGGAUACACAAUCGAGGUGGAAAUCCACGACGGCCCUUACAAUGUCAUCAAGAACUGGAACUACACCGGGCUAGUUGAUGCAAUCUCCAACGGGGAAAGCAAAUGCUGGACAACAAAGGUGUUCACUGAGGAGGACCUGAUCAAUGCAAUAGGAAAAGCAACAGGGGAGAUGGCAGAUUGUCUGUGUUUCAUUGAAGUCAUAGUCCACAAGGAUGAUACCAGUAAAGAGCUACUCGAAUGGGGUUCCAGAGUAGCAUCUGCCAAUGGCCGCCCACCCAACCCUCAGUGAAAGGCAUUCAUUGCUAGGUUUCAUCAAA